GCUUGCGUGCUGUGCGAGCGCGUGCGCGUGCGCGCGCGGAGGGCGGAAGUGGGCUGGUAACCCCGGCCGUCUCGGGCCAUGGAGGGUCCCCCGGCGAGUCGUGAGCUGUCUCGCGAGGGAUCGGCGGAGGAGGCCGAGCCCCAGGGCGCCGCCUGGAGCGCGGACAGCGGCAACGUGUCCCAGAGCCACAGCAGCGCCUCGGUGCCGUGGGAGGACGAGGGCCCGGAGCCGGGCGCGCCUGGCCGCGACCUGCCGCUGCUGCGCCGCGCCGCCGCGGGCUACUCCGCCUGCCUGCUGCCUGGAGCGGAGGCGCGGCUGGAGGUCGAGGCCCUGGACGCGAGCCUGGAGGACCUGCUCACGAGGGUGGACGAGUUCGUGGGCAUGCUGGACAUGCUGCGGGGCGACUCCUCCCAUGUGGUCAGCGAGGGCGUGCCUCGCAUUUACGCGAAAGCCACCGAGAUGCGGCAGGUGUACAGCAAGAUCGACAGACUUGAGGCCUUCGUCCGGAUGAUUGGCACCAGCGUGGCCAGAAUGGAGGAGCAAGUCGCCAGGGCGGAGGCCGAGCUGGGGACUUUCCCCAGUACAUUCAGAAAACUGCUGCACACAAUUCAAGUGCCCUCUAUCUUCAACAAGGGGCCCUCCAGCAGGCCCCAGCAGGCCCGCUACGAACCCCCUGUCCUGUUUCGGACCGAGGACCACUUUCCCUGUUGCAGCGAGAGACCUCAGAUCUGAGUCAGCCGGACAGCGUUGCAAGAGGACGCUGCGAUCUGAGAUUAUCUCGAGUAUUAAUUAAAUCAAUUGGAAAUCCUGUUAAUGGACAUACGAUGUUAGAGUAUGGAAUUUUAAAGUUUAUUAUUUGCACAUUCUGUUUUUCAACUGUCUUCAUUAUUUCACAUAGGAUGUAUGAUUCUGCAUCUUCCAAUGCUAACCUGAAAGCUGCUUAGUGGGGGUCAUCACGAAAGCAAAUGAAUGCACUUAAUCUGCACUGUGGCGGAACUGUUAUUUUUAUGGAUAUUACAGCUCGAAAAAACAGUAUUACCUUUCAAGAGUUAUAUAUUUAUAUACCCUUAAGAGAAACUGCUGAGACCUUAAAACCUUGUUAUUCGACUGUAAUGGUGAUUCAAUUUUCUAUAGCUUACUCUUAGGGUAGAUGGUAAAUUAUUUUACAUUAUAUUACACUUUCCACAUCAUAGAUGGUAAACCGAAGGAAAUCAUGCAACUUCUGAGAAAAUGUAUUGAUUUAUUGCAACCAAUUCUGAAGUCGUAUUAAAAAUAUGACCCCACAAUCUUGUUGGGUUGUCGGAAAAGUCAUGACGCAGAAAAAAUACGUCGUGACUUUUCUAACAACCCAAUAAUUUGCCCACAGCAAACAUGCCUGCAUAUGAUCAACAGCGUUUGGUUUAUAAUUUAAACUAAUAAAAAUUUUACAUUUUUGGUAAAA